AUGGCCUCCUACCUUCGCCGCCACGGCCUCCUGUCCUUCGUCCUCCUCGUCGUCGCCGCAGACUGCGCCAUCUCCGCCUCCAGCAUCCGCGUCGAUGUCAUCCGGCGCCCCUCCAGCACGACCUCGUCCAUUCCCGCGUUCCGGGAGGCCCCCGCCUUCCGGAACGGCGACGAGUGCGCGUCGCCGUCCGCCGCGGGGCGUGUCGAGAUCGCCAUGACCCUCGACGCCAACUACCUGCGCGGUACCAUGGCCGCCGUCCUCUCCAUCCUCCAGCACACCUCGUGCCCCGAGAGUGUCACCUUCCACUUCCUCGCCGCCCGGCUCGAGGCCGAAGUCCUCGCCAGCAUCCGCUCCGCCUUCCCUUACCUCGACUUCCGCGUGUACCGCUUCGACUCCGCCCGCGUGCGCGGCCGCAUUUCCCGCUCCAUCCGCCAUGCCCUCGACCAGCCGCUCAACUACGCGCGCAUCUACCUCGCUGACAUCCUCCCUCCUGAGGUCCGCCGCGUCAUCUACCUCGACUCCGACAUCAUCGUCGUCGACGACAUCCGCCACCUGUGGGAGGUGGAGCUCGGAGACCAUGUGGUGGCGGCGCCGGAGUACUGCCACGCCAACUUCACCAAGUACUUCACCGACGCCUUCUGGUCGGACGCCACGCUCUCCAGCACGUUCGACGGCCGACAGCCCUGCUACUUCAACACCGGGGUGAUGGUCAUGGACGUCGAGAAGUGGAGGUCGGGUGGCUACACCAAGAUGGUGGAAGACUGGAUGGCGGUGCAGAAGCAGAAGCGGAUCUACCACUUGGGUUCUCUGCCACCAUUCCUCCUGGUACUGGCCGGAAACAUCAAGGCAGUGGAUCACAGAUGGAACCAGCACGGCCUGGGCGGAGACAACAUCGAAGGCAAGUGCAGGAGCCUUCACCCAGGGCCUAUCAGCCUUCUCCAUUGGAGUGGCAAAGGAAAGCCUUGGUUGAGGCUGGACUCCAGAAAGCCUUGUGCUGUGGACUACCUUUGGGCACCUUACGACCUCUACAGGUCUUCGUUACCCACCUUAGAAGAGUAA